CCGGAUUUGAACUAAGACUUAAAUGCUUUUUUUGUUGCUCAAGCCCGACUUAUCCCAUUAAAAUGGGCUUAUUGUUUAUCUCUUUUCCGUCAAAAUGACUAUCAGACGGAACGCGCCGUCGCCACUCCGCCGCCAAUCCGCCGCCAAUCCGCCAUCGCCGACUAUUGCAUUGGGAUCGUUUUGUGAUAGAAUUUAGACUGAAAUCUUCCCAAAAUGUACUCAAGAAAACUGUAUCCCUCCAAUGCGCACAUAACAAGGGUGAGCCACUACUGCUUCCUAUGUUGGAGGUGCCUAGCUGCAUCUAUUUGUGCCCCAUGGACCCUAACCACUACCACUAAUCGUGCCCUGGUGGGUUCCAAAUGCCAUUCCACGGCUAAGGUUCCAGGCCAUCGCCAUUUUCAUGUAGGAUCUGGCUAUGUUGUCCAACCCAAGCAAUCAACCAUUGUGUUCUCCUUUUGAAGAGCUUAGCUUGAACCUGGAAGAAGUCAGAAAACUUGGCACUAGUCUUUGCGUUACUCCAGCCCAUGCUAGAAGCUUGUUUAUACGGUUGAGUGCAUCCUUGAACUCUUUCUGAAGUAUAUCAAUUGGUGGCAGUUGAACUUUACUGGUGGGAGCUGCAACAGGGAUGUCCAGGAGGAAGAACUCUGGAAGCAUUGGAGGUCUUUUUUGUAACAUCAAUCCUUUACUCCCAGAUAUAUCAUGAGCUGACUUGGCUGGAUCGUUAGCGUUGAUGAUAUCCAGACGAGAUUCAAUAUGAGUAGGAACAAGCCUUGAGAAGUUCUUAUAUGUACCAGUCUUGUGGACAUAAUCCCAUUUGGUCCAGUAAUGGCGUGGCCUGGCAGCAAUUGGUCUUGUUAGACAUUUAGCUAGCCCUUGUUUUGGUUGGAGCAUUAUGGAGGGGAUUGAAGGAAAGAAGAGUGCAUCUCACAAGUUGACAGCUGCUUGUCAAUGCCCAACCAAGCCCUAAUUUCCAACCAAAUCUGAGACAAUAAAGCUAGGGGGAAAGAGUGAAGAAAAACUUCGGAUGAACAUAGGGCUGCCAAAUGAAUGACAUCCAUGAACACGUACUUCUCGUCUUCUCGGUCUUUGAAAUGGAAACUUCAAUUCCGGCCUAUUAAUUAAAUUUGGUCUCUUGUUAAGUUGUUGAUACAUUUGUAGAAGCAUGUUCACGUACUGGCAAGGAAGCCACCCCAAGUGUCUCUAGAUCACGGGCGACUAGUAAUAAACUCUUCGACAUCUUAACAGAUAAGGUAUGCACCUUCAUUUUGUGCCAGUGUGAUGCCAGAGUAGUUGUUCUGUUGUUCACAUGUACACAAAAUACUAGUGCAAAUUUUUUUGAUCAGAUUAGCAUAUUGUGUCAGUGUGAACGAUUGAAAUGUUAGUGUAUAGUUUUACUAUAUACUUUGGGGUAUAUUUUAUGGGUACUUCUAUGAUGGUUGUACUUUUUAACACUAUCACAUAAAAGUAGAGUGAAAGG